AUGAGGCAUUCCAAAUUCAAACUGCAACAAAAAGUUACAGUGGAAUUGCAUGGGACAGUGUAUCUAUGUAGUAAAUGUGAAGAGCCUAUUCGUGAUCGAUUCGUCCUCAAAGUGCUCGAUCGCUCAUUUCAUCCACAAUGCUUACGGUGUGCUCAUUGCGAACAACUUCUCUCAUCUAAAUGUUAUCUAAAGGGUGGACAACCGUAUUGCAAGGAUCAUUUCUACAAACGAUUUGGUACAAAAUGUUCAAUGUGUGACGAAGGAAUUUGUCCUGAUAUGGUGGUAAGGCGAGCUAAUGAACACGUUUAUCACGUAUCUUGUUUUCAAUGUAUCAUCUGCAAACGUGAACUUCGAACUGGUGAAGAGUUUUAUUUGAUACCCACUGACGGACGUUUGGUUUGUAAAUCUGAUUAUGAAAUGGCCAAAACCAAAGAAAUGGAUAUUGAUUCGAAUGCAAAACGGCCAAGAACUACAAUAUCAGCAAAAAGUUUAGAAACAUUGAAACAAGCUUAUCAAACAAGUUCAAAACCAGCAAGGCAUGUUCGAGAACAAUUAGCUGCUGAUACUGGUCUCGACAUGAGAGUUGUUCAGGUUUGGUUUCAAAAUCGUCGAGCCAAAGAAAAACGAUUGAAAAAAGAUACUGGCCGUCAGUGGGGAACACAUGGUAUACCCAAAAGUCUGGAUAGUGGUAGUGCAUCACCUAACGAUAGCAUUUGUGAAAGUCCCGUUUACGGAGCGGGAGGAUAUUUGGAUGCGCCACUGGAUACUGAUAGUCACUUAGUUGUUAGAUACGAAAUGGAUGGCAGUUAUAGUUGUGGAACGGAUGGAUUAUUAGCGCCAGCUGGUUCAUUGCUUGGUCUUGAUGCUUCAGCUAAAAAUCAAUUUGAACAACAGCAACAAAAUUUACUCUUCAUGCAUGUGCAAUCCAGUCCGACCACUGUUAACAAUUAG